AUGAUCCGCGAGUUCUGGUUUGAUGGCAUUGUCGAAAGUGUCUACUAUGACGCACACGACCAGACGCACCAUCUCGCGUUGGCAAGCCACAUCACAGCCGCGAGGAGGUUCCAACAAAGCAUGCAACAGGCGUUGUCAAUGGCGCAACAGGCGAACCAAUUUGAGCGUCAACACGUGCUACGUCCUGGCGACGUCACGGGCACGGCACCGGCACCUCCAAGCUACCCAUACACGUCCGGGUUUUCGGCUCCCCCUCCGAGCUAUGCCUACACAUCUACCUCAUCUGGUCCAACGCCGGUGGGGAAUUCCGGCAAUCAGACGAUCGUCGUCGUGACAAAUAUCCCUGAGGAGGAUGACGCGGACUUGUGGAGAUAUAUGGUGAAAAGGAUGGCAGGGCGCAAUGUGGAUCGUCUGAAAAGGGUUAUCCACCUUGGUCCGGACACUCGCCAGUUGCUUUUCGAAUCGGAGACCGAUGCGAAGGCGUUCAUCAAAGAGUAUGACAGGAAAAAGUACCCCUUCGGGAUGGCAGGCGAUACGAUGCGGAUGAAAAUUGCGGAUGAAGCAAUGGUAAAUUUGACGCUAGAC